CAACAGGAAGUUUAGCUGAAGUGUGUUUGUUUAGUUUCUGGAGCGAUGGCGGAGAACAUAGAAGGAGAGAGCGCUGGAUUGGCGGAGAACAGUAUGGUGUUACGUUUUCGUAGCCCUGCUCCACCACCCAGCGCAGUUUUGCGAGGACCUCCUCCAUUACUACGACCCCCACCUCCGCCCUUCGGCAUGAUGAGAGGACCCCCGCCACCCCCUUUUGGUAGACCACCGUUUGACACCAGUAUGCCACCUAUGCCCCCACCCGGAGCUAUGCCCCCACCCAUUGGACCCCCACACCUGCAGAGGCCACCGUUUAUGCCCCCACCCAUGGGAAGCAUGCCUCCUCCUCCCGGGAUGAUCUUUCCACCUGGAAUGCCUCCAUCACCAGGAACGACUUCAAGUUUGUCUAGUGAUGAUAUCUGGGUAGAGAACUCCACACCUGAAGGAAAGGUUUAUUUCUAUAAUUCCCGGACACGCGAGUCAGCCUGGACCAAACCAGAGGGAGUGAAGAUCAUCCAGCAGUCAGAGCUCAAUCCUCUAAUGGCGGCUCAGUCUGGAGGAGCUGCAGCCGCUCCUGCUUCUACUGCAGCUAGCAGCGCUGCUACGGCUGUGACCGAGCCGGUCUCCACCCAGAGCAUGUCCCCCUCAAACACCCUCAGCUCCAGUCCCGACCCCAGCACCAGUCCGGCCCCCAGUGCCUCUCAAACCUCCACCGCGUCUGUUUCUGAGAUGCCUCCAGUGGCCUCUACUCCUCCUGCUAGUGUAGCAGUGACCCCUGUUGCUGUGGUCAGUGUUCCUACAGUAACCGCUACAGUCACAGCAGUGCAGACCAUGCCACUGUUGCAUCAGAGUCUCCCUCCUGGCCUGUCUGUGGGCCAGCCAGCUGCUGCUAUCCCAGCAUUCCCCCCAGUCAUGGUACCACCAUUCAGAGUGCCUCUUCCUGGCAUGCACAUCCCACUGCCAGGGAUGCCAGGGAUGGCCCCACCUCUUGUACCCAUGAUGCAUCACCAGCUAGCUAUCGCUCCUGCACAUCUAAUGGGGACUCUUUCACUUCCUGAAUGGUCUGAGUACAAGACGGCUGACGGGAGGAUCUACUAUUACAACAAUCGCACACUGGAGUCCACCUGGGAAAAACCUGCUGAGCUAAAAGAGAGAGAUAAGAACAGUGACAAGGCUAAACAUGGCCAUAACCAUGCUGAUUCACUUUUAAAGGAUAUAGACAUGGAAGUCAAAUCUGACUUUGGCAUUUCUAAAGAGUUGCCCAGGGAAGAAGAUAUGACCGAGGAGGAAAAAGCAGCACAGAAGGCCAAACCUGUUGCCACAAACCCGAUUCCCGGUACUCCCUGGUGUGUGGUCUGGACUGGAGAUGACCGUGUGUUUUACUACAACCCCACCACACGACUGUCCAUGUGGGACCGACCCGAGGAGCUGGUGGGCCGUGCUGAUGUGGACAAAUACAUUCAAGAGCCCCACCACAAAAGGGGCCUAGAUGACAACAGGAAAAUUGCAGGUUUCACCAAAGAGGAGAUUGAAACAGCCAUAGAGGAUACACUGGACGACGAGCCUUCGAAGGCCAAGAAGAGAAAGAAGGACGAUGUGAAGGAGGCUGGCGCAGAGAAAGACGCGGCCAUGGAGGCCGAACUGAAGGCCGCUCGUGAUCGGGCCCUGGUGCCCCUGGAGGCCCGCAUGAACCAGUUCAGGGACAUGCUGCUGGAGAGAGGGGUUUCAGCUUUCUCCACUUGGGACAAAGAACUGCACAAGAUUGUGUUCGACCCUCGAUAUUUGCUGCUCAACCCCAAGGAGAGGAAACAGGUGUUUGAUCAGUAUGUGAAGACUCGUGCUGAAGAAGAGAGGAAGGAGAAGAAGAAUAAACUCAUGCAGGCUAAAGACGACUUCCGAAAGAUGAUGGAGGAUGCCAGAUUUCACAUUAGGACCACGUUCAGUGAGUUUGCCGCAAAACACUCCAAGGAUCCUCGUUUCAAGGCCAUUGAGAAGAUGAAGGACAGAGAAAUCAUGUUCACAGAGUUUAUGGCGGCCUUGAAAAAGAAGGACAAAGAAGACUCCAAAAACAAAGUAGAAAAGGUGAAACAGGAUUUCUUCGAUCUGCUGUCAGACCACCACGUGGACGUCUCUCAGCGCUGGAGCAAAGUGAAGGACAAGCUGGAGACGGACCAGCGCUACAAAGCUGUGGAGAGCUCAGCUGCUAGAGAAGAACUGUACAAACAGUAUGUGGAGAAGCAGGCGAAGAACGUGGAUGCGGAUGCAGAGAAGGAUCUGGAACGGCAGGCUCGCAUCGAGGCCAGUCUGAGGGAGAGAGAGCGGGAAGUGCAGAGAGCUCGAUCUGAACAGACCAAAGAGAUCGACCGAGAGAGAGAGCAGCACAAACGAGAGGAGGCCGUCCAGCACUUCAAAGCUCUCAUGUCAGAUAUGGUACGGUCAACGGACGCUUCCUGGUCUGAAACGAGGCGUAACCUGCGUAAAGACCACCGGUGGGAGUCGUCGUCUCUGCUGGAGAGACAUGAGAAGGAGAAACUGUUUGAAGAACAUGUGGAGGCUCUUACCAAGAGGAAGAAAGAACACUUCAGGCAGCUGUUGGAUGAGACGUCUAUGAUCACAUUAACCACCACAUGGAAAGAGGUGAAGAAGAUCAUCAAAGAUGACCCACGCUGCAUCAAGUUCUCCAGCAGUGAUCGAAAGAAACAGCGGGAAUUUGAAGAUUACAUAAAGGACAAAUACAUCACAGCCAAAGCUGACUUCCGAACUCUCCUGAAAGAAACCAAAUUCAUCACGUAUAGAUCACGGAAGUCGAUCCAGGAGUCGGACCAGGCCUUCAGUGACAUCGAGAAAGUCCUUCAGAAUGACAAACGUUACCUGGUCCUAGACUGCGUCCCGGAAGAGCGCCGCAAACUCAUCAUGUUCUACAUCGAGGACCUGGACCGUCGGGGACCCCCUCCUCCCCCCACGGCCUCCGAACCCAGCCGCCGCUCCACAAAGUGAAGCCGUAGUGGACUUUAGAGGACUGAGCAUGAGCCUGUGCUCAUCACAGCACAGUGUUAAACCUGUCGAUCUUCUCAACCUGUGCGAGAUGGUUCCCUGUACGGCCACUAGUUGCAGGCUCGCACAAGGCGGAUUGCCAAUGAACUUCGGUGGUCAGGCAGGGAAUGCGUUUGUACAUGUCACACUGCAGCCUCUUGUGAGCAUCAAUUGUAGCAGUGUCUAAAAGUGUUUCUAAAAGCGGUUUGAUUUGGGCUUGUUGCUAUUUCUGUGUUACUGGAAAUAAAUGCGAUCUUUUUUUGUUUUUUAGCAGAUGUUCUGAUCUCUUUUUCUCAGGCCAUGAAAUUACAAUACAAAUACAAAAUUU